AUGACUGACACAAUAUCAUGUCCUUGUAAUGACGGAUAUUUUUAUGACGGAGUGAGCUGUAAAGGUACAGUAUAUUGUGGUUAAAAUCAUUAAAAAGGUUACAGUAUCUUUCUGGUUAUUUAAAAGAGAAAUACAGUGCUGUAAAUGCUGCAUGUAUAAUUAACCGUAUGGAUCAUACAGUCGCGAGAUAAAGUUGAAAUUAAUUGUGUAUAUUGUAGCUAUAACCUGCAUAAGAUGUGUCGCCUGAUAAAAGGCCUGAUAAUCAAUUAAAUGGCUUUUCAAAAUUCUCUAUUCUGAUUGGUUGACGAGCGCUCCGUAAAAACCCAUAUCUGUACCGUGGUCCGUAUUCUCCGUAUCUGGACCGGUGUCCUGGAUAUCGUUUGCAUGGCGGGAAUCGAAAUUUUUGCUUUGCAAACAGGAAAGAAAAGCUUUUUAAUUUUCCAAUUGUAGAUAGAUAGAUAGAUAGAUAGAUAGAUAGAUAGAUAGAUAGAUAGAUAGAUAGAUAGAUAGAUAGAUAGAUAGAUAGAUAGAUAGAUAGAUAGAUAGAUAGAUAGAUAGAUAGAUAGAUAGAUAGAUAGAUAGAUAGAUAGAUAGAUUAAUUAAAAAGUUUACAUUGCAGCUCAUAAAAGCUGAAUUGUGUAAUCUAUUUACAAGCUAUUAUAACACGAAUUUAAAAUUACAUUAGAUGCUAAGUUUAGAUAUAAGACAGUUCAAGAAAAUUGUUAAAUACAUAGGUCAAAUUGUUUUAAGACUUGCACAUCGAAGGAAUAAAGGUCCGCUUAAUUUAAAGCGAUCAGUGCGUAUUAUUGGAAUAUUGAAGACUCGCUUCUUUCUAAUGUCAUAGUUUUCCUCUUGCAAAGGAGGUAGAAGAUUGUGUAACUUAUGAGAUUCCGAACUCUUGACGGACGAGAAUAACUUGUCACAUAACUUCAUACGUCCAUCUUUUAAAGUAGUUAAAUUAAACUUCUGCAGGUUAUGUUCAUAUGACUGAUUCGGGGAAAUGAUAGCCAGCGCUCUCUUUUGAACGUUUUCCAAGUCAUCACACAAAUAUUUCGGGAGGGAAUGGUGGAAAACCUGCGAGCAGUAUUCCAACAGAGGUCUAAUACAUGUACAGAAAAAAUUUCGGAUGUCCGCAAUUGGUACACUAGAACGUUUUAGUAAAAUUAAGAAGUACAUACGCUUAUUAGCUUUUCUAAUUAUUUCACCAAUAUGGACGUUCCACUGGAGGUCAUUUGAGAGAUUCAGACCUAAGACCUCCACUUAUUAUUAUUAACAGAUAAAAAUUUCAAACUACCAAAUUGUUUUUGAAUGAGCAUGCUUGCCUGCCUUACUAAUUCGCGUGAAAAUCACAGUCUCAGUUCAGCGAUAUAAUAAACCGAUUAUUGACCUAGCUUACACGAUCUGUACAGGGAAAUAUCAGAUCUUUUUUCGGCAUGCAUAACCCAUGGUUUCGUUUCUUCGUCGCUCGGUCCAUACAAAAAAACCUCGGUCUGAUGUUUCACAGUGCAGACCCCUUACGCUCGCUCAAUAAGCCGUUAUGAUUGAUCUGUAUUGGAUUACUUGUUUCUGUUUUUCUUGACAGGCAUUAUUUAACACUCUGCACAUGAUGUUAAGCACGGUCACUUGAUUAUCGUGACUGUUAAAUUAAUUUUAAUUAGGGACCCUUCAUUAUUGUACAGGGGGGAUUGACGAGAAACUGGGGGGUCUUCAAUUAUUUUAAAACCUGAAAGGGGGAGGCUUUGAAAAAAUACGGAGAGACGAAAGAAGGGGGACUUUGAAAAGAUUUACCAGUUUGAAAAAACAUUUGUAGUAAGUUUUAAAAAUGUAUCAGAAAACAACUUAACAACAAAUAACAAUUUUAAUAGACCUUUAAUAUUCAUAAAUGGAAGCCAAAUAAAAAGUCUCUGAUGUUCGUGUAAAUAGACAAUUCUCAUUAUAGACUAAUUUUAGAACUAGGCAAAUAGAUGCAAAUCAAGCCUGAAUUUUGGUGAAUAUAGUGGGGGAGGUGGAGAAAAAGUCUAGGGGAUGUGCAGCGGUAGCCUGCAUGGCAGGCCCUCAAAAUCGAGGGCCUGCCACCCGGGCUAGUGCAACGGUCUAGCUCACAACGCCCAUGGAAAGUUAGGGAUUAUUGUAGAACAGGCCAAUAUCAACGAGGUGAGGCAAGCAUGAAGUGCACAUAUGUACCAGUGUAUUAAUGAAUUAAUUUAUGAAUGUAUGACUCCAGUCUUGCCCUAAUCAUUACAAUUGCUACAAAGUUUCUUUCAAAACAUUGCAUUAAAAGGUACUUGACACAGAGAUGAAUGGGUGUCAUUGUUUCAAUUUCACAGAGAAAACCUUCUUAUAUCACAAAUUGUAGAUCCUAAGCAACCAUCACAUUUUUACUUUGUUCCUUCAUUGAAACUAAUUCCCAAGGGGAGCUGCAUGUCCUUUCAGGAGAGGUGCAACAAUUCUCAGGGGACCAAAAUUUAUGUUCUUGUUUUGCCUGUUGGGGGGAGCUUUGAAAAUUUUUCUUGUUUUAAGAGGGGGCAACGGAAAAAUAUUAUAACUGUAGAGUUUCUCCUCAGUUUCCCCCUGUAUAAUAAAUAAUGAGCAGUCCCUUAGCCAAUUUUUUCAGUAAUUUUAAUUUCGUCUUGCAUAACAAAAACAUUGUCAUUUACGUAGUCAUGAAAGAAGGAGAUGGACAUUAUUUAUGUUUCUAAUAAUAUUGUUAUGUAAAUUGCCAAUUGGAUUUUUUAUUUCAGAAUUUAUCGUGAUAAAAGAUGAAGUAGCUUUGGAGAAAGAGUUUACUGAAGAGCUAAAAAACAAGUCUUCGCCAGUUUAUCAAGAAUUGGAAAGAAGUAUGACGGCAGAGGUAAUUAUAGGAAUAGAAUAUUGUUAAAAAGUCGCCCUUUAUUAAAAAUAAACAACAGAUUCCGGAGCUUCGCUAGAAUAAACUUUUAACUAAGACUGAUGGUUGCCUCUAUAGUUAGAUUAAAAGUAAAGAAUCAUUGCGUUGACCUACUCGUAUAUAUAUAUAUAUAUAUAUAUAUAUAUAUAUAUAUAUAUAUAUAUAUAUAUAUAUAUAUAUAUAUAUAUAUAUAUAUAUAUAUGUUUAUCAUUUAUAGACCUGGAGCGAGCGGGAUUCGGGGAAAUAUUACCCGAAGUGAUGAUAUUUCCCGAGGGGCUUUGCCCCUCGGGAAAUAUCAUCACUUCGGGUAAUAUUUCCCCGAGUCCCCCUCGCUCCAGGUCUAUAAAUGAUAUAUUAUACCGAAAAUUAAAAGCCUCCAAGUCGAGAAUUAAAAACUUGACACAUAUACCUUCGCCUUCGUGAAUACGAUGUUUUAUUUUCGAAUUAACGCAAGUUUCGUCACUUUUCUUUCGAGUCACAUAUCGUUUGGAAUAUUAAUGACAACAUUUUUCAAAGUUUGCUUCAAAAUUUUGAAAAAGCACCAGGUUUUACGUUUAAAAUUUGAUUAUUCAUCACUCUUCAAUACUAUUUAUAUUUUGUCGGCCAUGUUUUUGUCAUGCGUGUUGUCUCGCGCGGUCUACGCGAAUAAUGUUCCACCAUAUGUUCCCCGGGGAACAUGGGGUGGAACAUUGUCAAAAGGAACGCAGGCUCGCUAAUUGAUCGCGUAAGGCGUGAUAUCGCGAUUAAUUUCAUGCUCACGUGGCACAAACUAAGCUUCCUGAUUGGACAAUUUGAAUUUGAGGUAUAAGAUUAUAUUAUAUUACAUAUUAUAUAUUAUAUUUGUUUGAUAAUCUACAUUUCAAGUUCUGUGACUCAGCUAUAAUUCUUCGAUUUAGAACGAGCCACAAACACUGCAUGAUCACAUUUGUUGCGGAAAGCAAUCAUAAAACUUUGGCAAGUUAUUUGACAUAUGAUUGCUCUGGUUGUUAUGCAAAAUUUAUUUCACAUGUGAAAUUAGUAUUAUAUGUUGCAUUGAAACAGUAAAUAAUACACAUGUGCAACACAAAAAAAUAUAUGUGAUUAAUUUGAAAUGAAAAAAUAUAUGAAAAAAAAUAAUUAAAUUAAUUAAUUAAAAAUUAAUGAAUUUGAAAAAAUAUAUGUAAUUAAUUUUUCUGGAACAUUUAUUCAACUGAACAAAUAAAGAGUCAUAAUCUAGCAAUUAUGUACAUGGAUAUCAUGCAGAAACUACGCAAAGAAAACAUUCGACGAUUAAAAAACCUUUAUCUAUUCUCGCCAUUCUCUGUUUGUUGUUUCUAAGUGUCAAACAAUCAUCACGCAAUCUCAUGGACUCAGGAUCCACAUUAGUUAUAAGUCCAGAACUGGUAAAUUUGCCCAGCAGACUGUGCUCGAUUUGGUUUACAACUCAAGAUAAAAAGUCGAGCAAAUUUAACUUACCAGAUGAUAGCUAUCGAUACGGUCUUUGUUUCCAAAUCGCAAAGAUUACGAGUCAUACGUUCAUGUUGAUCUUACUAGCUGGUGAUAUUGCAACAAAUCCUGGCUCUCCGCAACCUUGUAAUGGUUACAAUAUUCAAUGUCUUUACCUCAAUGCGAGAAGUUUGAUAAAUAAAACCAAUGAACUUCAGACACUGGCAAUUGAUAUUGACCUCUUAGCGAUGACAGAAACCUGGCAUAAACCCGAAGAACCUGGAUAACGAAAUUCUUCCUGGCAACGAUUUUAACAUCCAUCGGCGAGACAUGACUGACAGAACUGGUGGCGGUGUUUACUAGCUGUGCGUGAGAACAGUCAGAGCAUGAGACGACAAGACCUCGAAAAGCAGUGCUGAAAUGUUGGUAUGCGAACUUCAUCCUGAGUCGAAGAAAAAGUUAGCAGUGAUUGUUUUCUACAGACCACGAGACUUGGAUUUAAGGUGCAUUAAGGAAUUCAAAAAAUCUCUUCAGCUUAUUCAAAGACGUAGUAAGUUUGAUCAAAUUAUAGUUUGCGGUGACUUUAACUUACCAAGCAUUGACUGGAUUACUGGAGUAGCGACUAACAACAAUAUCAUUUAUCAACACUUUACGAAAACAGUGAAAGAUCAUUAUUUGUGGCAGUUGGUUGACUUUCCUACCCGAGGUGAGAACACACUUGAUGUAAUUCUUACUAAUAUACCGAACAAAAUUCAGAAUGUGACAGGGUUUGAUGACAUCUUAACUACAGAUCAUAAACUCAUAAGCAUUGAAAUCAACUUGAAAAUACAAAGUAAACUAAGAGUCGAGCGUCUCGUUUACGAUUUUGCAAAAUCUGAUUGGACCAAUCUUAAAGUAUCACCUGCAAACACUCGUUGGGAUUUAUGUUUUGUUCCCGGUAAUAUUGAUGAGACACUUUCGAACUGGUGUGACAUGUUCCUUUCAGUCGUUGAUAAACACAUACCAAAAUAUUGCAUCAAGAGAGUGCAUGACCACCCGUGGAUAGAUAAGGAACUACUCAGGCAAAUUAAGAAGAAAAAGAUACAAAGAAGAAAGAUUAAAAAAUUUCCAAGCCCAGCUAACCUAACGAAAUACAAAAACUUAAGGCGUUUAACGAAGCAAAUGAUUAAUAGGAAAAAAUACGACACAACAUCAAGCUUACAGAGUCCUUGUAUGAGAAUCCCCGAUGAUUUUGGGCGGCUGUAAAACACUCAACGGAAAACCGAACGAAUAUCAAUUUCCUGAAAACUGAAGACUCAUUUACAACGGACAAAUUUGAGAUGGCAAAUACUUUAAAUAUCUUCUUUCAUUCUGUCUUCAACCCUAAGAGCUCGGAAUCAUUUAAUAAAUCUACCUUACCCUCACCAUCAUCAAUGCCCGAGCUUUCCAGUAUCCAACUCUCGGAAAUUGAUGUUGUUGGAGUUCUUCGCAAUCUAAAUUCACGAAAGGCGUGCGGUCCAGAUAACAUUCCGAACAGAUUGCUGAUCGAACUUUCGGACGUUAUUGCACCUUCGUUACGUAAAAUACUUAACAUGUCAUUGGAUCUUGCUGUAGUUACUAACCUCUUAAACGGAAAAUGGCGAACAUUACACCCGUAUUCAAACGCGAAGACCCAACGCUGGCAAUGAACUAUAGGCCAAUCUCACUACUUUGCACUUUGUCGAAAGUACUAGGACGUUGCGUUCACAAUCAUUCUUACCAGCAUCUCGAGCCACACAUUUAUCAAAUGCAGCAUGGUUUCAUGCGAGGAAAAUCCACAACCACACUGCUACUUGAAGUAUACCAUGACAUUCUGGAAUCAGUCGCAAGUGGGAAUGAAGUUGAUGCCAUAUACCUGGACUUUUCAAAGGCAUCAAUCUUCUUUUGCGAAAGCUUGAGACUUUGGGAAUCAGGGGAUCUCUAUUAUCUUGGUUCCAAAGCUACCUCACAGACAAGCAGCAAAGAGUUGUUCUUCACGGUGUUUGCUCUGAACGGCUUCCCGUAACAUCAGGUGUGCCACAAGGUUCCAUACUUGGACCUUUCCUAUUCAUUGUUUACUGUAACAACAUUCCAACCUACAUUGAAAAUAAUUCCACACUUGCGUUAUUUGAGGACGAUUCAAAAUUCUACCGACCACUUUUGUUUCCCACAUCUUCUACCUUACUUCAAAUUGAUCUUUCCAAAAUAACAAACUGGACUGCUGAUAAUCAAAUGGAACUAAACGCAACAAAAUGUACGACGAUGCACAUCUCAAGAAAAAGAGCGCCUACGCGAGUAUUCAAUCAAUGAGAACAUACUCGAACAAGUGUCGACCAUCAAGGAUCUUGGUGUGCUCAUAUCCAACAACCUAUCCUGGUUGAAACACAUAGAAAGCAUUGUUUCUAAGGCUAACAAAACACUUGGUCUCAUCAAAAGGAUUUGCAAAGAAGUGAAGAAUACCAACACAAGAAUAAUUCUGUAUUGUGCGCUGGUGAGACCCAAGCUAGAAUAUGCGAGCAGCGUGUGGUCGCCUUACACCAUUAAGCAUCCUUUGCUCAUUGAGAAUGUUCAACGGCGGGCCACAAAAUUCAUCUUGAAUUAUCCUGAAAACAUGUCGUACGUGGAUAGGUUACAGAAAACAAACCUUCCACCACUGGACUUCCGAAGAGACAUUUCUGAUCUGAUACUGCUGUUCAAAUCAAAACACCACCUCAUAACAAUGGAUAUAAACAAACAUUUAUGCACUUACAACGCUGGCUAGCUAAUAUAUCAAUCUCGCAACUAUGAUGAAAGUAACUUCCACCUCAUUAUAAAACAUAAUCAGGUAUACUUUCAAAACUCUUACUUUAUCAGAUCAGCGCGCAAAACUUUGGAACAGCCUACCAACCGAAAUUAAGAAAUCCAGUUGUUUGUGUUCGUUGAAGACUCGUUUAAAUAACUUCUAUAGUAUCAAGUCAAAAACAUACAAACUUCCUAAUAAUCGUAACUAAUAUUUAGUUUUGUGAAGAAAAUGUUUGUAAUAUAAGUACUAAGAAUUUAAUUCAGUAAAGUCCACUCACUAGCUCGGUGUACGAACAACCGUAAAUCAGUUAGAACUUAUAUAAUGAUCAAGGUCCGAAUAGUGUUAAGCUUUCGUUUGUUCUCAUACCGAGAAAGUGCCUAUGUCAGUAUGUAUAGACAGUAUAGUCAUGUGGGGUGAGGCAUUAAUUGGGACGUAAGUCCUGUAAUUAUAAUUCCAGUCACGUGUGUUGUCUUGUAGCAUUACCGUUUAUUCAGUGUCUUUGUAGAUAUUGUGACAAGUUUAAUAAUGAUAAUAAUAAUUGAUUUACUCCUAUUGGUACACUUUGUUAUUUUUUUAAGCUAUAUGAAACAUUUAAAGACAUUCUAAACUUCCAAGAAGUAGUGGUCUUGGGAUUCAGGUAAUUUUAAAUAAAUGAAGGCCCGGUAUAGACGGUGAACUUUUCAUGCGCCGAACCUAAUCAAAUUCAAUAGGGCAAAAGUUUGGCGACCAAUUUAAACUUCAGAUUUAAUUUACCGUGCCAAAAUAAAAAUACACUACAUCAUAAAUUCCAGUGAUAAAUUGCUAAUAAAUCAUCAUUAUAUGAUGAUAAAAUAAUUUAUGCAUUAGGUUGGGCGCAAAAAAUCACGGCGUCUAAACACGUCGAUCGUCGAAUUUGCAUCGAAUAAUAUGCCAUGGAUUGCCGUAUUUUGUGCCAUGUGGAACGUAAUGGAAUCCGAAUUAAUUGAUUUAGGCGCAGCUAUUUUCGCUUACUGAAUCGUUUUAUUAGGUUUGGGGCAUGAACACUGUUUCCGUUUAAAAAGGAGGCCUAGUUUCACGAUAUAACCACAGAAUAGAAACAUACAGAGACGUAACUGAACGUCGUAAACACUGCGGAAGAUUACGUUAUCAUGUACCACUCUUUUUCAGGCGACCGGGCGAAAAAUGAUCAACUGCGCGUGCUCAGCAAGUUUAAAAUGAGUCGUCAUUAGGUCGUCAUCCAAUCAGAUGCAUGCAUCUAGUAACUUGCCGAGCACGAGCACAAAAAAAGUCGGUACACUAGUUACGUCUCCGUAUGUCUCUACUCUGUGAUAUAACGGUCGGUGCUACUCGAUCGCCUCCCAAUUGUGGCCAUCCCUCUGAUUAUAAGAUAAAACAUAUCCAACAAACCAGAUAUAAGUUCUUUGUAUGUUUGCAUGGCGAUAAAACAUAUAAUAGUUUUGUUUGUAGAAACACCACGUAAAUUUAUUACUGCAAAGCUUACGAUCCGUAAGCCCCGGAUCUUCAUCAGUGCUAAUAAUAUGUGACUUGUUUAAUUUACAUGCCCUUUUUAUAUGCAAAAGCGUCGUGAUCUGUUGGCUCGCGUCAUUUGAAAUUUAAACAACCAGGUCAUUUCAAACGUAGUGAAGUGAUUCAAAUUAACGCACGCCAAUAAUUUUAAUUAAUUAAUUAAUUAUUAAUUUCAAGUUACGCGAGCCAACAGAUCACGACACUUUUGUAUAUAAAAAGGGCGUGUGAAUUAAACAAGUCACAUAUUAUUAGCACUGAUGAAGACCCGGGCUUACGUAUACGAAUCGAAAGCUCUGCAGUCAGUAAUAAAUUUAUGUGGUGUUUCCACAAACAAAACUAUUAUUAAACCACAUAUAGUUAACUAUAUCGUUAAAAUAUGUGCCAAACAAUGUGAUGGGACCGACAAGGGAAUAACACUGAUAUUUUAGAAUAUUCCUGAUGGAAACAAUAGACUGUGGUGUCGAAAUUUUACGUCACCAUUGAAAAUGUUCAGGUUUCUGGGUGGCGUAGUAGCUAGCAGAUUUCUGAUAUUAAAUCUUGUUGCAGUGAGGCCUUUAUCUUUAAGCUGUUGCUUGCGAUCUUAAUAGCUUUUCUAACAGUCGUUCAUUUUUGUAGGAAUGGGUCCGUUAUAGUAGAUUUUAAGGUUGUUUACCGAAAAGAUAAGAAUAACACGAAAAUUGUGGUUGCAGAAACUGUAAGAGAUCAAAUUAAGAAAACUGGAAAACUUGGAAAUUAUCAAGUGAAGAGUGCAGUCGUUCAAG